GAUAUUAUCGUACCUCGUUGCGGUGCUCGUAAAAAUGUGCAUAAAGUAAUGUUCAUAAAAGUUACAUCGUAUACAUAUUUCGUGAAAUGCAUCCGAAGGGAAAGCAUCGAAGAAUUUCAUUUUUAAACUACCGAAAUUAAAAUAUAGAGCGGUAUUUAAAAUUUAAAUGUCGCGGUAGAGGUGGAAAGGUCGUAUAAAUUCCGCAACACACUAUCGGGGGUAGUAGCGACACAGAAAACGUUAGAAAGAACUAUAGGCGUCAGAGUCCCCAUCCUGUGAUGCGACACCACGUUCGCAUUAUGUGAACCCUCUGACAACCCCUCAGGUAAUACGUAGUACACAUACACGCUUGUAUGAUGGAAACGGUCGAAGAAACGCCCUUCGUAUUGUACACAUCUGCUCUUGAGGGAACUCAUGUGGCAGUUCGUUGGAAGCAACCGUAGCGUACGGAUCGAACGCAUUUCACCAUUGGACUUUGCUCAACGAAGUCGUCGACUUUUCGAACAAAUUACGAAUUAACUUUUUUACCAUUACGAAGGAAACUUUGGACAAACUAUUUCUUACCAUUUUUGUGAAUAUUGAAAAAAAAUGAUUAAGAAAGAUUGAAGAUCGGAGUGUCUUAAAUCGUGAAAGCAAGGAGAGACAAAUUGAAAGAAGAAAAUGUGCAGGGCACACUAUAUCUCGAGCCAAGACAUCAUCUCACCACCUAGGCAAACAGUAACGUUCUCCCUGGAAACUUGGAUAUCGCCUACCUACGUCAGCAGCGCUUUCCUGAUUCUCAUCAAACGAAGAAACAAAUCGUAAAUCGGAGGAUAUAAUCCUCCGGUUUAUGAUCAAACCGUAAACGACAGCCACUAGAAAUACUAAAUGCGCGUGACGAUCGUCGCGCGCGUCUCAAUAAAUACUCGUUCAUUUACAUCCAGUGUCGCACGCGGACUGUUAAAGAUAGCGUGCCUCGUGAAACUAAGUGAAACAGGCACCAAGCAAAGUUGCAACCUCGAAAGGAUAAAAUGAUGGAUCAAAUAACGGAACUAGCUCCUGUGCAUUGUUACACGAACCCCUCGUUUUGCCGCCAAUCGGAAUACAUACCCGAGGAUCAUUCCAAUGACCUACCACCACCACCUCAAUUUCAAAGUGGUGACGAUUUACCACCACCACCUCCGCCAUUGCAAUUGCAAAGCAACGUCGGUCAAAGUAACCCUGCGUUUCAAGAACCUACCGAGAGUAGAAUCGAAAACAGCGACGGUAAAGACAACAGAUAUUGUUACCUCGAAAAUAACAGCAGUGUUGCGCAUCGAAGAUAUGGAAGCGUUCCAGUGGAGGGACACCGCGCGAUAUACAGCCAAAGGUCAAGGUACGAGUACAUACAGGACGAGCAGAGGGAUCAGAUACAGAGGAGGGGUUCUUUGAGGUACGAGUUCAUUCCACACCAGCAGGUGCAACAACGUUCUGCACCGGCGACCAACCAAGACGACGGGAGGGAACUGCAGAUGCAAAGUUGUCGGAACAACGGCGGCAGAUACGCUGUUGUACCGGGUGAUCAGGAUUAUCAGGACGAAGAAAUCGAGUGGAACAGCGCAAAGCACGUGUCGUCGGUGCGGAGUCAUAUUAACACGCCACAGGGUCGUUAUACCAGAGUGCCUUUGCAAGAAGAAGACCCGCCAGCUCUACCGGAACGAAACGCCCAGGAGCUGUCGGUUUCCCCGAGAAAUAACUUGGCCACGCAAAAACUGCACGAGAUAUUGACUACUCCGAGGAAGCCUCGAUCCAGGUCCGAGGAGAGGACUCUAUCUCCAAAGAGACAACAGUCGUUCAAUCAAACCGGUACACCACAAAGAAGAGCACUCACACCAGGUGGUUCCCCGACUGGUCGAACGUUCAGUCCUACUCGUUGCACGCCUCAAGGAACUCCACAAAAUCGUACGUUCUCUAUGAGACCUCAAACAUCCACCCCGAACAAAGAGCCAUCGGCACGAAGAUGUCUACCGUUAUUGGAAAACCCGACUCGACAACAGGAACUCUGUCCAGCCAGCAACUGUGGAAGACUACGAUACGUUAGCACGGCACCGAUCGACCUUGUCACGAUGGGUCACGGUGAUCCACCGCCUCGUUACGCGUACGUGGAAAAUGGACCGGAAUCUAUGCCAAUGGUGUCCGGUUCACCUAGGUAUCAAGUGAUACCUACAGGACAGAAAAGGAACGGAUAUCAAAGCGUAGAAAGUGCUUUUAUUGCUAGAACCGCGGUGGUACCACCACUGUCACCACCCAACAGUGACGCAAAUACAACCUUGGCCAGCGGCUUGGAGAAAAACGACAGAAAAAACGCGCCACUCUUAUUAACUUUGGUUGGUAUUUUAACCUGCGGUUUGGCCCUGUACUUGUCUUGGACGCAGGGAAGAAGAUAUUAUUACGACAGUGCCGCGGGUUGCGGCAUGUGCUGUGCCUUAGCUGGCAUCUGUAGGACGCUACGAAAGACUUGGACAGGACUCGGGCUUGCAGGAUUAUCGGCACUGAGCUGUGCAGGACUUUUGCUACUUGCUGCCAAAUCCCCUAAACCUGGCACCCCUCUCCACGAUGUCACGGCCGGUGCUUUGUGUGGAGUUUCCUUACUAGGUGCCAUUUUGGCGUUAUUCGCGCUUCUGUCACCAAGGUGCAAUUUAGGACGACACAGAAGGGUGCAUUCCUGGAUUCCUCGGCUUUCACCCUGAUUUUCGCAUUCAGAUUGUCUAAUCGCGUAUAUAUAGAAUAUGAUACGCCUGGCGAAUUUCAGCAAUUUGAAAUUAUGUCAGGGUCAAGGUCUUCGGUGAUUUCACUAAUAGAUGCAACCGCCGCUUGGCCUUAGUUUCAAUGAUAUACGUAAAGGUAUUUUCGAUUCUACAUAUAUUUCUAAGGUUUGGAAUAGGUUUACGGUAGAUUUUGAUUUAAAAUAUUUGUAAUUUAGGAAUAUGGCAUGCAAUAUUCAAAAUACUUUUGCGUAAAUCUUUGAAACUAAAAAUAGCUAUUAAAUAUAUUGGUGAAAUGUACCUCAAAGUCACAGAAAUUGUUGAGCUGUAGCCUGUUCUUUAUUCUGUAAUUACAAUUAUUUUUAUGCAAUGAAACGUUGUCUGACCAGGCAUAGAAAUCCUAGUCUGCUGUUUUGUCAAGAAUAUUCUAUAGGUCUAACGUAGGAGAAAUAUAAUGUAAGAAAACAA